UAUUUCUGUGGUUAAAAAUUGAAAUCUGUUUUUGAUUAAUCUUUUUCUUUAUUUAAUACCAUCUAGAAUUCCAGAGACUUACAUUUGAAUCUUAAAAUCUGUGAAUUGAAUUGAUUUUCAGUGAAAUUGUCAUCCCUAAUUUAUAUUGACUUUUUAACCCUCAUUAUUUCACGUUCACGCGGUAAAAUUAAUUCUUGCUUGUUUGCAAGUUGGUGGUGGUGUUGGAAUUAAAAUAAGACGAAAGUUCUUCGUAUCUCAGAUCUCUUCGUUUAGUAAAAAAUUCGUAUAGGAUGUCAUGUACAAAAAUAAGUGAGUUGCGACAGGAUAUUGACGAACUAAAUGAACUAAUCAAGCAAGCCAAACGGAAAAAGAUUCAAGACAUUUUGUCUCUGGAGGCACGUAAAUUGGAAACAGAAUGGACGAGUUUAAAAGAAAACGAGAACAAUGCAUGUGCAAUGGAUGCGUCCCCUGCACCUACAACAUCUCAAAAGAAACGAUACCAAAUCAAAUUAAAUGGCUAUGGUUGGGAUCAAUCAGAUAAAUAUGUCAAGGUGUUUGUCACUCUAAAGGAUGUGCAAAAUGUACCAAAAGAGAAUGUAUACUGCAAGCUCACAGAUAGAUCAAUGGAGUUGCAUGUGGAAAAUUUGGAUAACAAAGACUAUCUGCUGGUUAUUAAUAAACUCCUCUAUCCUAUUGACGUGGCUGGAAGUCAUUGGAAACAAAAAACAGAUAUGGUGGUGAUUUUCCUGGCGAAAUCUGAACAGAAUGUGAAAUGGUCACAUAUGACUGAGCUGGAAAAGAAGUUUGAGGACCAGCGCAGCAACCGUUUCAAGUCUGAUGACCUGGACAAGAAAGAUCCCCAGGAGUCCAUAAUGGGUCUCAUGAAGAAUAUGUAUGAAACUGGAGAUGAUGAUAUGAAGCGAAUGAUCUCUAAGGCUUGGUAUGAAGGACAGCAUAAAAAGAAAACUGAUACUCUAGAUCUUUGAAAAGCAAAUAAUUGCUUCAUGAUGAUUUAAAAAUUGAAAUUUUAUUUGUAAGAACAAAAAUUUUGGUAAAUCUGUGUAUUUACAUUAUAGCUGUAUUCUAUUACUUGUGUUUGCUUCCUUUUUUUAAGAGUAAUUGAAAAUAUCCAGUAGAACCUUUAGUGUUGUAACAAAAGUAUAGUGUUUGUUUUUAGAAUACUUUGAUUGCUUAUAGUAAUUGUAUCCACUGACAAAUUAAAUAAAAAUGAGAUAUUGUUAUACUGUAA